AUGUUCAGCCCCCAGCGAGUUGCAGUGCCCCACAACUCGAGCGGCUGUUUUGUCAAUCAGCAAUGGUCUGAUGCCCAAGCUGCUGCGGACGCCAAGAAGCAGCCGCAAGAGACCUCGAGGAGCUGGUGGCUCCAGAUGGCCUGCCUGAACAUGGUCAUGAUCAUGUGGAACACUGACAACAUGGCCCUGCCAGCAGUGCACACCGAGAUUGCCAGGCACUUCAACAUUUCGCCAGGUGAUCUCAGCAACCUGGGCCUCGUGCGGGGCAUCUUCGAAUCCGUCUUCGCCCUGCCUGCGGGCUUCCUCGCCGACCGCCUCCCACGGCCGCAGCUCAUAUUCGCUGGCAGCAUGAUCUGGGCCGUGGGCCUUGUCGGCUGUGCCUUCUCGCCGGAUUUGCUUUGCAUGAGCCUCUUCCGGGCAGCAAAUGGCGUUGGCCUCGGGAUUGUCCAGCCCCUGCUCUUCAGCCUCGUCGCUGACAAGAGUUGCGUUUACGGACGUGGCAAGGCCUUCGGGUGCUUGAUCUUUACGGGACAGCUCGGCCAAGCCGCCUUCACCGCCUUCGCCACCACCGUGGCCAGCACGCAGGUGGGAAACAUCGCGGGCUGGCAAUUCGCACUGCUUGUGAUUGCCAUUCUAAGCGCUUUUGUGGGCCUUGGAGUGGGCAUGCUUGUCGAGGAGACCAGGGAGAGGGACCAACGCACAAUGCUGCAGAUCAUCGUCCAAGAGACUCCAAAGCUCAGCAAGAUCUUUUGCCUGCCCACCUUCCUGGUGAUCAUCGGUCAGGGGGUCUUCGGUACUGCGCCCUGGUUCGCCUUCAGCUACCUGACCAUGUGGCUGGAAUUGAACUGUUUCUCCAAUCAGCAAGCCGCGGCCAUCUAUGCCUACUUCAAUGUUGGAACUGCCAUUUCCAGCGUCAUCGGGGGCUUCUUGAUGGACUUGGUCUUCAGGCGCUGCCCGGAUCAUGGGCCUCUUACGAUCUGCCAGCUCUCGGUGGGCGUGUCGAUUCCACUCUUCGCGUUCAUCCUGUUCGGGCUUAGUGACAUGGAUAUUGGCACCCCCGGGCUGUUUGGCUUCUACAGUGCAGCCUUCUUUAUCACCGGCAUCCUCAUUGCCUGGAACAUGGUCAUGAACAACAAAAUGUUCAGCGAUGUGGUCCCGAGAGAGAGGUACAGCUACGUUUACGCACUGGACCGUUGCAUUGAAGGCACCUUCAGCACCUUCGGUGCCUUCAGCCAGCCAGUGGGGUUGCUCACGGACCAGAUCUUCGGCUUUGACCCAGAGAGCGAGAGCGAAUGCUCCCCACAGGACGCCCAUAGCCUGGCCUUAGGUGUGUUCUGGAGCUCUCUGGUGUCCUUCAGCGUGUGCUUCCUCUUCUACUGCCUUGCGCACUGCACCUAUCCCAAGGAUCGUCGUGCAGUCAUGUAG